AUGGAGCAGCAGGACCAGGCCAUAUCGCCAGCCUAUGCUAUGGCCCCCGAUUCGGCUCUUGCCCCAGCCCGGAUUCCGUCCCCGGCCGGUUUUCCGACCGACCCGCACGACGACACUCUUAGUGGCGUCGAGAGCACAGCGAACCGACAGCCCGAUACGCAACGCCGCCGAUUCAAGCGCCCACGACAUCCCGCCCCCCAUCCGGGCCUUUCCGGGCAGGGAGCAACCUACGGGGGCGACCAGGUGUCAAGGGCGGGCAGCAAUGGAGCACAGGCCGAGUCGUCGCAGUCCCCCGGGCGGAACCACGUCGUAAUCAAGGUCGGCAUGGUGGGCGACGCCCAGAUUGGCAAGACAAGUCUGAUGGUCAAAUAUGUCGAGGGGAGCUGGGACGAGGACUACAUCCAGACUCUGGGCGUCAACUUCAUGGAGAAGACAAUUAGCAUCCGGAACACCGAGAUCACUUUUCAGCAUCUGGGAUCUGGGCGGCCAGCGCGAGCUCGGCGUUUUGCAAAGGCAAUGCGCGCAGCAUUGAUCUUCAGCAGCACCAGUCACAGCAUCAAUGUCCAAAAGAUCUUCAAAAUUGUGCUCUCCAAGGCGUUUGACCUGAAGUGCACCAUCCCUGAAAUCACCAAUGUCGGCGAGCCGCUGCUGAUUUACCAGUCUUGCUGA